AUCAAAUAUUCAUUGCCGUCAAAAAAAAAUAUUUAUUUUCUUUUUUCAUCUAAACCACACAAGCAUAAAUAAAUCUAAUUUUCCUCACUUUCCUCUCAAACAUUUCCUAAUUCCAUCCUAAUAAUUUCCAUAGCUUUUAAUUCUAAAGAAAUUGUAAUAUUCUCUACAAGAAAAAUAUUAUUAUCUCAUAUUUUUCUUCCUCUUUUGAUUUUUAAUCUGAUUUCUAAAUUAUAAUUUCAACUUUUCUUAAAAAUAUAAAAAAGUUUAUUGUUCUUGUUUCUUUAAUUUCUUGAAUGGUUUAAAGCUUCUGUCUUAAAAAUCUAUUGUCGAUAUGGAGAUUACCGGAGGAGAAGUUGUAAAAACAACCACCGGGACCGACGGUGGCGUUACGGUGGUGAGAUCCAACGCUCCCUCUGACUUCCACAUGGCUCCGAGAUCAGAAACUUCAAAUCCACCUCACACCUCCUCCCUCUCUCAUCCUCCUCCUCCUCCACCGUCGCAAAGCUCCUUCGCUCCUCCUCCACCACCGGCGACUUACUCAGGCGGACCAGUGAAGAAGAGACGCGGACGCCCUAGGAAAUACGACGGAGCAGCAACGGUGACGCUAUCCCCAAAUCCGAUAUCAUCAGCCGCACCAACGACUUCUCGCGUCAUCGAUUUCUCUGUAUCGGAGAAACGUGACAAAGUGAUGAUAUCAGCAACUACUACCAGUUCUAACUCCUUCAUCAGACCAAAGUACCACCACCAAGUCGAGAAUUUAGGUGAAUGGGCUGCUCCUUCCUCUGCCGGAGCUAAUUUCACACCGCAUAUUCUCACGGUGAACGCUGGAGAGGACGUAACGCAAAAGAUAAUAUCGUUUUCUCAACAAAGGUCUGUAGCUAUUUGUGUUUUAUGCGCAAACGGUGUCGUUUCCAGUGUUACACUUCGUCAGCCUGAUUCAUGUGGCGGUACAUUGACCUAUGAGGGUCGGUUUGAGAUAUUGUCACUGUCUGGAACAUUCAUGCCUAGUAGUGACGCGGAUGGGACAAGAAGCAGAACAGGUGGGAUGAGUGUUUCUUUGGCUAGCCCUGAUGGAGGUGUUGUAGGCGGUGGUGUUGCUGGCCUGCUGAUUGCAGCUACUCCUAUUCAGGUGGUGGGAGGUGUUGUAGGCGGUGGUGUUGCUGGCCUGCUGAUUGCAGCUACUCCUAUUCAGGUGGUUGUUGGAAGUUUCUUACCCGGAACGAACCAGCAAGAUCAGAGACCGAGGCAGCAGAACCACAACUUCAUGUCGUCUCCAAUGCCAACCAUCAGGCCCAUGCCCUCCUCUUCUCUCCCUAUCAGUACAUGGACACCGCCUUUACCUUUUGAUCCGCGACACAAGCCUUCUCAUCAUGACAUUAACAUCACUUUAACGUGAUUGCUACCUCAAAGAUCUCAUAAAUCCUCUGUAUCUCAGUUCAGAACUCUACCUGUCAGAGGUUUAGGUGUUAUGUUGGUCUGUAACUUAGGAUUGUUUUUUUCCAACUUUUCCUACCGUUUCUUUUCACUCUUGAAUGUAGAAACUGGUUCAGUUUGCAAAUGAUUGCGCACUUAGUGAUUGCGCGUUUAGCAA